AUUAUCAGGUUCUGCAAGAUUAUAGAUCCGUUUCUGUGAUUUUUGCUCCAAUUUGAAAAAAAACCCUAGCAGAAUAUUCGAUUUUGUUCUUGAUUUUGCUUGGUAAUUGGUAAUUGUUUCGGGUUUGAAUUAGUUUCCGAAUUUCUGUUCUUUUACUUGAUUAAAGAAAUAAAUUGGGAUCGGAGGGAGAAGACGGUGAGGGAUUCGCCAGCCGGGGAUGGGUAUUUGCACUUCCAAACCCUUUAUAGAACCCAAUGAUUCCAGGAAUGAUCAGCCGGCGGAAAGUUCUGUUCCGGCGAAGGAGAAACUGGAGAACGGCGAGAAUCAGAGCUGCCACACGAAUGUAAAGAAGGGGGAAGUUGAGGCCGGCAAGAAGUCUCCGUUGUUCCCGUUUUACAGUCCGAGCCCGGCGCACUACCUGUUCUCUAAGAAGUCUCCGGCGAGAUCUCCGGCGAAUGGCCCUAGCUCCAACUCCACGCCGAGGAGAUUUUUCCGGCGGCCGUUCCCUCCGCCGUCCCCUGCCAAGCACAUCCGAGCUGUUCUUGCACGAAGGCAUGGCUCUGUGAAGCCGAACGGGGCUGCAAUUCCAGAAGGGGCAGAGCCAGAGGGGGGUCGACUGGACAAAAGUUUUGGGUUUUCAAAGAAUUUGGGAACCAAGUACGAGCUUGGAGAGGAGGUUGGCCGAGGGCAUUUUGGGUAUACUUGUAGGGCUAAGUUCAAGAAGGGCGAGCUGAAGGGUCAAGAUGUUGCAGUCAAGGUCAUCCCCAAAGCAAAGAUGACAACUGCUAUUGCCAUUGAAGAUGUCAGAAGGGAGGUGAUAAUAUUGAGAGCAUUGACUGGACAUAACAACCUAGUACAGUUCUAUGAUGCAUAUGAAGACAAUGAUAAUGUCUACAUAGUAAUGGAGCUUUGUGAAGGAGGGGAGCUUUUGGAUAGAAUAUUGGCAAGAGGUGGAAAAUACACAGAAGAUGAUGCAAAAGUUGUGUUAGUACAGAUAUUAAAUGUCGUGUCCUUUUGUCAUUUACAAGGUGUAGUGCACCGGGACCUCAAGCCUGAGAAUUUUUUAUUCACUUCCAAGGAUGAAAACGCAGUCCUGAAAGCCAUAGAUUUUGGAUUGUCUGAUUUUGUAAAGCCAGAUGAAAGGCUGAAUGAUAUUGUUGGGAGUGCCUAUUAUGUUGCCCCUGAAGUCCUACAUAGAUCUUACAGUACAGAGGCUGAUGUUUGGAGCAUUGGUGUCAUAGCAUAUAUUCUGUUGUGUGGCAGUCGUCCGUUUUGGGCUCGGACUGAAUCCGGUAUCUUUCGGGCUGUCCUAAAAGCUGAUCCGAGUUUUGAAGAACAACCCUGGCCUACCCUCUCUCCUGAGGCAAAAGACUUUGUCAAGCGUUUGUUAAAUAAGGAUCCACGCAAAAGAAUGACUGCAGCUCAAGCCUUGAGUCAUCCUUGGAUAAAAAACAGUAGCAACCCAAAAGUCCCUUUGGAUAUACUAAUAUUCAAACUAAUGAAGGCUUACAUGAAAUCAUCUGCUCUGAGGAAAGCUGCUUUGCGGGCUUUAUCCAAGACCUUGACUGUGGAUGAGCUUUUUUAUUUGAAGGAGCAGUUUUCUCUGUUGGAACCUAGCAAAAAUGGCACCAUAUGUUUGGAAAAUAUUAAAACGGCACUGAUGAAGAAUGCAACAGAUGCCAUGAAAGAGUCACGCAUCCAUGAUUUACUUCCAUCGCUCAAUGCACUACAGUACAGGAGGAUGGACUUGGAGGAGUUCUGCGCAGCCACAUUGAGUGUUCAUCAACUUGAGGCUCUUGAUCGUUGGGAGCAACAUGCACGCUGUGCCUAUGAAAUCUUUGAAAAGGAUGGGAAUCGGGCAAUCAUCAUUGAAGAACUAGCUUCGGAACUUGGUCUUGGUCCUUCUGUUCCUUUGCAUGCUGUCUUGCAUGACUGGAUCAGGCACACUGAUGGAAAGCUAAGCUUCCUGGGUUUCGUGAAAUUGUUACGUGGGGUGUCGAGUCGCACGCCCCCAAAGGCUCAAUGACACUAUCUGUGGACUUACAUUGACAUGAUAAGUAAAGAUAUAAUACAGUGUGACACCCACAAGUUGUCAAAAAAUGCCCACUCUCUAUGACAAAAAAAAAGAGGCCCAGAUUGUAAGUAGACUGUUCUUGUUGCCGCUAUGCAGCGCCAUUGUUUCCACUCGAGCAUUCUUGGCGUAUUGAAGGGUCCGCCGUGGUUUGACCUUUGUUUGAACUGUUUGGUAGUGUUCCUUGGCUGGUUAGUGGACUCUUUGCUGUAUCAUUGUAAUAUAUGUAUAUCCCCAUGGAAUGAGUUGUUUCACACUUUAUUCACCAUGUGGUCUCUUCUGUGUGCAAAAAGGGGGUUGAUGAUAUGUUGUACCAAGUGUUGUGAUUCAAUCAAUAUGAGCUAAAUGGUGUAAUCUCUCAAUGGGUCCUCUGCCCAUACCCUUGUGUGGUUGCAAAUCACUAGUUUUUGGAGCUUAAGAAAUGUAUUAUCAUUGU